AUGGAGGCGGCCGCGGACAGCGCCCGGUUCGCCUACAUCCUGGAGCUGCUGCGGCGGGACAAGAUUGCCAUUAAGGGUAUUGAAAGAGAGCUUAUCUGCCCAGCCUGCAAGGAAUUGUUUACCCAUCCACUGAUCCUUCCCUGCCAGCACAACAUCUGUCACAAAUGUGUGAAAGAAAUACUUUUUGCAUUUGAAGACUCCUUUGCUGAUGGAGGCUCUGAAUCCUCUAAUCAGAGUAGCCCUCGAAUUAGAAUCGCUGCUUCUAGCGUGGACAGAAUUGACAGGAUUAAUAGAGCAGCCUCACAGAGGAGGUCUUUUGGGUGCAGAGGCAGAAAACGCAAUUCACUGACUCCUAGAUCAACUCUGUUUCCUUGUCCGAGUUGCCAGCGGGAUAUUGAUCUUGGGGAGCGUGGCAUCAAUGGCUUAUUUCGCAACUUCACUUUGGAAACCAUUGUGGAAAGAUACAGACAGGCAGCCAGGGCAGCCAUUGCUAUUAUGUGUGAUUUCUGCAAACCUCCAGCUCAGGAGUCCACAAAGAGUUGCAUGGACUGCAGUGCAAGCUAUUGCAAUCCAUGUUUCAAAAUACACCAUCCUUGGGGAACAGCAAAAGCCCAGCAUGAAUAUGUAGGACCAACCACCAACUUCAGACCCAAGAUUUUGAUGUGUCCAGAACAUGAAAUGGAGAGAGUAAACAUGUACUGUGAAAUCUGCAGAAGGCCUGUUUGUCAUCUUUGCAAACUGGGUGGAGGUCAUGCAAACCAUAGGGUAACAACCAUGAGCACUGCCUACAAAACCCUUAAGGAGAAACUUUCAAAAGAUAUCGAGUACCUCAUCAGUAAGGAGAGCCAGGUGAAGGCUCACAUCACACAGCUGGAUCUGCUGAUGAAAGAAACUGAGUGCAACAGUGAAAGAGCUAAACAAGAAGCAUCUCAUAGUUUUGAGAAAUUAUAUUGUGUCCUGGAAGAGAAGAAAUCUGCAGCUCUUAGGGCAAUUGAAACUUCUAAGAAUAUAAGGUUGGAAAAAUUGCAAACACAAGUGGAAGAAUACCAAGGGCUCCUGGAAAAUAAUGGCCUUGUAGGAUAUGCUCAAGAAGUGCUUAAAGAAACAGAUCCCUCUUGUUUUGUUCAAACAGCAAAACAACUUCAUGUCAGAAUCCAAAAAGCUACCGAGUCUCUGAGCAGCUUUACACCAGCAGCUGCAACUACUUUUGAAGGCUUUGUGGUGGACACUGCCAAGCAAGAAGACAUCCUUGGUGACUUGUCCUUCCAUUCCAAUGGUCUAGAAAUACCAGAAAUCAACGAAGAGCAGAGCAGAAUGUACAACAAAGCUCUGAUCAGCUGGGAAUGCUCUGGGAAGACAGAUUCAGCUGAUAUCUAUGUCCUUGAGUAUCAUAAACUUAACAAAGAAGAGGAGAGUGUGACAUGGCAGAAGACUGAAGUGUGUGGCAAGAGCAAAGUAUUAUCUGAUCUCGAUGAUGACAGCAGCUACGCCUUUAGAGUUCAAGGUUACAAAGGAUCCAUCGGCAGCCCUUGGAGCCGAGAAGUUACCAUGCGUACUCCUCCAGCUCCGGUUUUCAGUUUUCUUUUUGAUGACAAAUGUGGGUACAACAGUGAACAUCUCGAACUGAACCCAAGAAGAACAUCUGUGGAAAGUAGGGCUGGAUUUCCUCUGCUUCUGGGAUCUGAGCGCUUGCAGGUUGGAUGCUUCACAACCCUGGAUUACAUCAUUGGUGACACUGGGAUUGCCAAAGGGAAGCACUUCUGGGCUUUUAAUGUUGAACCCUACUCAUACCUGGUGAAGGUGGGAGUUGUUCCUGGCAGCAAGAUACAGAAAUUGUUCCACAAUACCUGUGAUGUUAUCAGUCCAAGGUACGAGCAGGACAGCGGUCAUGACAGUGGGAGUGAAGAUAUCUUCUUCGACUCAUCGCAGCCUUGCACACUGGUCACUUUAGGCAUGAAGAAGUUCUUUAUCCCUGCCACACCUGCUGCUCCCAAGGAUCCAGCCAGCAGAAUCCUUCCCCUGCCGUCGUGCUUGGGCGUCUGCCUUGACUGUGACAGAGGCAGGGUGGGGUUUUACGAUGCAGGCCGCAUGAAGUGCCUGUACGAGUGUGAGGUGGAUUGCUCCGGCCUGAUGUACCCAGCGUUUGCCCUGAUGGGCAGUGCGGCAGUGCACCUUGAGGAGGCUGUCACAGCCAAGGACAGGGAGUACCAUGGCGACAUCUAGUGCAGUAAACUCUUCCCAUUGCUGUUCUGAGACAGAAAAUGAAAGCAGAAGAAUUCUACCUUAGCUUUUAGUCCUGAUAAGUUAUAUUCCACCUACAAGUUGC